CGUACCGCGCUCGCGGUCAACUAUACGCACGAAAUUCGAAAAUUUGAUUUAUUUAUUUUUUAAAUUCAAACUUUUAUUUUCUUUUAAUUUUCUAACAAUGGUCCGCACUAAGGUCAGCGAUGGGAUCAAGAGCGAUCAGAUCGUCUCCGAAGUUCAGAAGCGACCGUGUCUCUACGACACCAACCACAUGAAUUACGGGGAUCGAGCGGAGAAGAUGAGGAGUUGGGAAGAAGUCUGCGAGAACGUAGUUCCCGGCUGGUACACGCUCGGGCUGACGGAGAAGUUUGCGGCCGGUAAAGAAGUACAGAAGAGAUGGCGUUCGAUCCGCGAUUCUUACACAAAGGCGUUUCGUCAAGGGAAAUGUCAACCGCCAGAACAGUGCCCGCCGGGCAGUCGGCGAUACCAGUACCACAGGCAGAUGUCCUUCCUGUUACGCGCUCUGCAGAACAAGAAACCGCGUUAUUCCCAAGACAAAUACGAAUCGUUCUCCGAGGUAUCAAACUCGCCCCAGCACCCGCCCCCAGAAGACAUACCACGGAUCAAGCACGAAAUUACGGACAGACCACUCGACCUGAAAACCAAAUCAGACGUCCAAGAUAGACCGGAAACCCUGGACAAAUGCAACCAGGCAACCAUAGACAAGAAGUUGGAAAUAAAAAUCGACGCGAACACCAUUUUGCCUGACGAUCACUUUGAUGACGACAAGCUAUUCAUGAACUCCCUUCUCCCUCUGUUUAAGAAGAUGGACGAUGAUACGAGAUUGCUUUGUAGGAUUGAGGUUUUGAAGAUAAUUAGGUACGCCUUACAAGGUCACAAGUGCUUUGAAGCAUUGAAGAUGGCAGAAGACAGCUUCUUCAAGAAUCGAAUGAGCGGGAUCCUGGCUAAACAAGAAAUCGUUGAUAAUUCUAUGAGCUCAAAGUCGAAUGAAUCGAAAUUGUCGAUGACGACGCGCUCGGCUGAUGGAAGUAGACCGAUAAGGAAACGAAGGGCUCGUUCCCCAUCACCACUUCCAGUGCCACCCAAGAGACGAGGACCCGGGCGACCCAGAAAGGUCCGCCCCCCUCCAUCGGACUCAGACGAGGAACAGCUGUUCAAGAAACAGUUUCCGAAACUGAAGGUUUCGCCCGUGGAAGUAUCUCUCGCGUCCGAAGAGGACUCCUACAACAAGGCUACGAGCGUCGCCCAGUUGUCAACACCAUUGUUUAUGAAGAUGUACAAUCUGGAACGUUCGAAAAUCGCACCGGUGACGUCACAGCAAUCCAUGCAAGUUUCCAUCAAGACGGAACCACUCGAUAACAGUCCAACGACAGCCUUAAGUACAAUGUGAAAUGGUCCAAAUUCGCUUAACCGAAAAUUGAGAUAUUUUAACAUUAGUAAUUUAAGAUUAGUCCGAAUAUGACCCUUUAUUUGCUCCAAAUUGUAAUAAUUAAAAAAAAAAAACAAAUUUAGUUUUAAAUUUAAUUCGUUUAUUAUGAUUUUAAGCUUUUGCUCAUGUGUCGAAAAUGUUUACAUAUAAGGUUAUACUAGGAUUUGAAGUUGCUAUCUAAUUUGACAGUAUUAUAAUACUCCAUAUAAUAGAUAGCAUUUUUCAAAUUCUAUUUUCGAAUUCUGUUCCCUGAUUGGUCAUUCGUAAUUUUAUUAUCUAUAUAUCAAAUAUUUUUUGGUUGUAGAAAUGAAAAUGUGAUAUUUAGUUUAGAUUAAGGUUAAUAGUUAGAUUCUUGUCUUUU